GCGCGCGCUGAGCUCCAGCGUUCAGCGCACUGCAGCAAAACUAACUUCAUCCCGAAUGAACGCUGACUGGAACACGAGAUGAUUGUCUAGUCUUUCCUUCGCGAUGUCUCACUUUAUGAAGGCUGUUUUUCUGCUGCUGUGCGCUAGUAUAAGCGGUCAGUGCGGGAAGAUGAAGCACAACCUCAGGAGAACAUCUGAACAACAUCACAAACACGGAACUCCACUGUUCAAGAAGAUGCUGGAUCAAACUAAGACACAUCAGGUGAGAUCAGACCAUCUGCUGCGUGUCGAUGAUCAUGACUUCACUAUGAGACCAGCAUUUGCAGGUCCAGCAGUACCCGUAGGUGUUGAUGUACAGGUAGAGAGUUUGGACAGUAUCUCCGAAGUAGAUAUGCCCUUUAAUAGCACAGAUGACAAGAUCUCGCUGUCUCAGUUUCUCAUUCAGAAGUUUCACACCACCUCCAGAUUGGCCUUCUACAGCAGCACAGGUUGGUACAAUCGUCUUUACAUCAACUUCAGUCUGCGUCGUCAUAUCUUCUUCUUCCUGCUUCAGACGUACUUUCCCGCCACUCUGAUGGUCAUGUUGUCAUGGGUGUCCUUCUGGAUCGACUGUCGAGCUGUUCCUGCACGAGUCUCGUUAGGUUGGUACAAUCGUCUUUACAUCAACUUCAGUCUGCGUCGUCAUAUCUUCUUCUUCCUGCUUCAGACGUACUUUCCCGCCACUCUGAUGGUCAUGUUGUCAUGGGUGUCCUUCUGGAUCGACUGUCGAGCUGUUCCUGCACGAGUCUCGUUAGGCAUCACGACGGUGCUCACCAUGUCCACCAUCAUCACUGGAGUGAACGCCUCCAUGCCCAGAGUCUCCUACAUCAAAGCCGUGGACAUUUACCUGUGGGUCAGCUUCGUCUUUGUCUUUUUAUCGGUAAUUGAGUAUGCUGCCAUAAACUACCUGACCACAGUGCAUGAUGGGACAGAUCGCAAAUCAAAGGAGAAGCCUUUACCCUGGACAUGUGACAUAUCCCACGCAAGGACUAUGAUUCUGGAUGAAGCGUACAGUAAGCCUGAUGCCAAUAGCCUGGCAGGAUAUACCCAGGCCCCUGUCUCCACUGAGGAGGCUGCAGAUAAACAGGACCACAUGGUGGUGUGCCUGUCUUUGGCAAAUGAGGCCACAGGAGCCAAGAGGAAGACCCUUCGAGGCCUACGUAUCAUCCAAAACACUCACGUCAUUGAUGCCUACUCUCGCAUUAUCUUUCCAGGGGCCUUUAUAUUCUUCAAUCUGAUCUAUUGGUCUGUAUACUGCUGAACUGCCUUGCAAAGAGAUUGUGGUUGUAACAUAUUGAAAUACAUACAUAUUAAAGAUGCACUAAG